UUAAUCCAAAAAAAAAUAUUUAUAUUUUUAGAUAGUCAAAAAAGUAGAAAUCCAAAUUUGGAUAGACCAAUACCGGAAAUUGAACCAGCAAAAAAAUGUGAAUAUAUUAAAAUUGAAGGGGAAUAUAAAUGUAUGUAUUUAUGAGAUUGAAUUAAUUGAGGAUAAUUAUGAAAUUAAUUUAAAAAAUAAGAGUGGGGAAAUGAUAAAUUUGGGGAAUUUAGAAGAAGAAAAUUGUGAAAAAGAAGAAAUUGUAAAAGAACCUUUAGAUAUGUUAAAAAUGAAAAUAAAAAUUAAGAAAGGAAAUAAAAGAUUUGGAAAGAAAAAUAAAGGAGAAGAAAGAAAAAUCAAAAUCUUUAAAGUUGAAAAAUUAAAAAAAAAAUUUUUAUAA